AUGAAGGGUGAUGGGUCAGAGCAUCUGUGUUUAAUCCUCCUGCUCCUCCACCAGACCUCUGUCUCCAGACCAGAGAGGUUCCAGGUUGUUGGUCCAGCUGAUCCUGUUGAUGCUGUAGCUGGUGAAGACGUUGUUCUGCCCUGUUACCUCAAACCCAGCAUCAGCGCUGAGGACAUGCAUGUGGAGUGGAUCAGACUUCAGUCCACAGAAACACUGGUGCAUCUUUACCAGGGGAAAGAGAACAGAAAUGAGAAACAAAUCCCAUCUUACAGAGGAAGGACAGCACUGUUCCCAGAGGAGCUGAAGAAAGGCAACACUUCACUAAGACUGACAGGAGUACGAGGCUCUGAUGAUGGAGAAUAUAAAUGUUUUGUACAAUCUCAGACAUGGUAUGAUGAUGCCUCUGUUCAACUGAGAGUAAGAGCUGUAGGAACUGAGCCAGUGAUCUCCAUGGAGGGAUACAGAGAAGGGGGGAUCGGCCUGCUGUGUGAAUCUAAAGGCUGGCAUCCUGAGCCUGAACUCAUCUGGCUGGACAGUGAGGGACACAGUCUCCCUGCUGGACCUACAGAGACACUCAGAGACAGUAUGGGCCUCUUCAUCGUGAGACGAAGUGUCAUCGUACAGGAGGGAGACACUACUAGGUUCACCUGUCAAGUUCUACAGCAGCAGCUCAAUCAGGAGAAGGAGACAGAGUUUCACAUCCCUGCUGAGAUGUUCCAGCGUGCCCAUCCCUGGAAGGUGGCCUUUUCUGUGUUUUUCAUUCCUGCUAUAAUAGGACUUGCUGUUCUGAUCCAUUGCUGUGUAAAACUGUGUAAGGAGUAA